CCGGGGCAGGUAGUGACAGACACACUCUAUUUACCUAUUUCAACGAUUUAAACGUUUCAAAACAUCGAUUUGGCAACCGCGAAGUAACUUGUCACCGAUUGUCACACAACGAAACAUAAAUGAGACUACUUUUAACGACAAUUUCGUAGAACAUUGAAUUUUAUUGGCAAUUUAGUAAAAUGCAGUUUCUUGGGGAAAAUGGCGCCGUUCAGAAUGGUUUGAUAUUUAAAAAGCUUAAAGAGUCCAAAACGGAUAGUUUUCAAUUAGCUGGAGCGUCGCUCUAUGCUGGUAAUGUGAGGUAUAUGUCCUGUCACUAGGUGCCCCGGGCUGGGGCACCAAGUGACAAGUGCAGAGGUCUGCGGGAAGCUAUGUAAAUAAUAGAAAUAGGUGUUGUCAAAACGCCACAACAUGUUAUUUCGAUCAAGGAAGGAUCAAAGCAACCUUCUGAGGUGUAAGUAGAUUCAUUUCUCGCACAGUAUCGAAGUGAGUGCCAAAAUCCAAAAAGUGUCACUAGGUGCCCCACCCUCCCUUACAGUUUGAGAGCAGCCUUGACUUUUGCUACGACCUUUUCACCAUAAGAUUUUCUUUUUCUCAACUUGGCUUCCGAUACUGGAGAAAAUCCUAGAGCUGAAAGCCAAGUGUUCAGCCCAUCAAUCUUUUCUAAGAAUGGUUCAUCUGUUGGUUGUGCUUGUCCAGUGGUGUCGUUGUUGCUGGUACUGGAUGGUGUGGAAGGUGGAGCUGGCGGCAGGGAUGAACCAACACUUGGAGAUGAAGUCACAGGUUAAGUGGCUGAUAAGAGGAUGCGCUGGUAAGGGCGCCCCUGUUCGCGGCCCAGAGUCGCUGAAGCGCGCUGACAACGCGGGCGCGAAAACCGAGCCAUCCUCAGAAAACGUUGCCAUGACAUCAGAUCGAGUUCACAUCACUCCUCCAGCCGCCUGCUUCGGCACGCGCCACGCCCAGACCAUCCUCCUGGCCGUGUCCUCCUUCACUAUCUACAUGCUGCGCGUCAACCUCAGUGUAGCAAUCGUGGGCAUGACCGCGAUGGACAACGGCAUCCGGAGCAACUCAAGCGAAGACGGGAACGCGACUACCCCGGCACCCCUGCAUGAGGUAUACGAUUGGGACGAGAAGACGCAGGGCCUGGUGCUGAGCUCCUUCUUUUGGGGCUACAUGAUCACCCAGGUGCCUGCUGGCGUCCUGACGCAGCGCCUCGGUGGUCACAAGUUCCUGACCUGGGCACUGUUCUCCACCAGCCUGCUCUGCAUCCUGCUUCCUCCAUGCGCCUACCUCGGCGGCUGGUGGCUCGUGUGCCUCAAUCGGAUGCUGCAGGGGGUCACUCAGGGUUGCGUGUACCCAUCGAUCUUCACGAUGAUGGGCUUAUGGAUGCCCCCGGCGGAGCGAUCUUUAAUGUCGGGCAUCAUCCUUGGAGCGCAGACGAUGGGGCCGGUGGUGGCCACGCCCCUGGCUGGGCUUCUCGUCGCCAAGUGUGGCUGGCCGUCCGUCUUCUACUCGUACGGCGCGAUGGGCUUCGUGUACUCCCUGGUCGUGAUGCGGUACUGCGCCGAAUCGCCCACUGCCCACAAGACAAUCACCCUGGAGGAACGCGCCUACAUCGUGGCGUCACUCGGUAGCAGCAAGGAUAAGAUGCCCACUCCAUGGGGGCCUAUGUUGCGGAGCAUCCCUGCCUGGGCAGCCAUUUGGACCAUGGCAUUGCAGGGUGGCGUGUUCCUGGCCUUCCUUACGAAGAUCCCUACGUAUCUCAGCACCGUCCUCAAGUUUGAGAUGAAAGAGAAUGGCGUUUUGACAGCGCUGCCCUACUUGCUGUCAUGGUUUCUCAGUUUUCCCUUCGGAUGGUCGUGUGACAAGCUGGUGAGCCGGGGUUACCUUUCACUGACGGCCGCUCGGAAGGUGUACAACUCAAUAUCACACGUCGGCAGUGGGGUAGCCAUCCUCGCGCUGGGCUUCUGCAACGACCCCAACACGUCCGUGGUGCUGCUCAUCUUAAGCAUAGGCGUCAUGUCUGCCUCGUACCCUGGAGUUCAAGCGAACUUCAUGGACCUUUCGCCGAACUAUUCUGGCACAAUUUUCAGUAUAUCCAACUUCCUGUCGGCCGUUUGCGGUGUUUUCGGACCAAUCAUCAUAAGUUUCAUAGUCACUGAAAAGGGCUCAGUAUCCCAGUGGAGAACGGUGUACUGCUUGCUGUCUGCAGUCAUGUUCCUCAGCAACCUAGUCUAUGUAUUUUACGGAAGCGCAGAAGUUCAACCGUGGAAUGACCCGUCAGAUAAUCACAAUAAAAUCAGGGGCACCAAAACGGACGAGGAAAAGGAGGAAGGCGAGAAGUUGGCAUCCAUAACGUGAGAAGAAGGAAAAUCGUGACGGCUGCUCAACAGAAAUGGAUCCGCAUGCAUUUGUGGCUCGACACCCCUUCUACGUGCGAGGGUUGUUCACCUCGAGUUGCACCACAGGUGUGAAAAGAAGAUAAGCAGGACAAAACCGUCAUCCGGGCGGGCCUGAGUGCACUGUUUGGACUUGAUGACUCAGGUGCUGCGCGUAACAGUGACCUUACUUACCCUCUGAAAAAUAGUAGUGGUUUCCAGAAACACUUACGUGAGAAAAGACACGGCCUUCGCAUCUAGGAUUCGGCUUCGAAAUCAUAAGCAGGCCCUAUAGUUUAUGUUUCAGUCAGACAUUUCAGGUACUCUAGCAAAUUUAUUUACUUUUCCAAACGGAACUGUUGCGAAGUUCAAAAGAAAGUAGAACCCUCUCCAAACAUGCAGUCCAAGGAGAAAAACCUUUAAAGAGGACGUGAAUGAACGUGCUGUGGGUAGUUUUUGCGCAUAAAAGUGUAAAACAAAUCAAAUAAAGAGAAAGUAUUUUCAUUUUUUCAUUACUUAGCCGUUAAAUUGACCCCGUACAUCGAUACAAAAUGUGUCAAGAAAGGUAAACUCGCGUGCAACAGUAGUUGGGUGUUUGCGGCUGCCAAGGCCAUGUUUGCGUCGCCUCGUCUUUCCGCUCCUUUCCGCCGCGACGCGAUGGAGUAAAUCAGUCAGGGCAGGUCGCGUUGUGGCCCCGCCUGAGCGAUAAGAGAAAGAGGCAGGGAGGAACUUUCCAGGGACAUUGCAUCAACCAGUGUCCGUCUCAACGCCGUUAUUAAAAAUGAAAAAUGGUUGACUCUACUAGAAAGCCAAACGUGGUCCACAGCGCGAGAAGCCAGAGAUAUUGCCAUAUGAGUUUAGAAAGUAAUAGAUUGCUUUUUCAAUUGUGUGACCCAAGCGUUAAGUUCAAACAUGAGACGGAAGCCAUAAUGUGUCAAUUUAGCCCAAAAUAGUGAAAAGCCCCCCAAUUUCAACCCAACUGAUUUUUUUUUCUCCUUUCCUGUACAUGGGGCCCUCAGCAGGCUCUUGGUACACUAACAGGGGAGUCUUUCAAAAAAAUUUCAGCCAAAUCCAUGAAGACGUCUUUUUCGAUAUUUGCAGAUUUUAUUUAUUUUUUUGUAAAAAUUGUUCACCAAAAUUACAAAAAAA